AUGAGAAACAUCAAAUCAUCGAAGAAACUUGAUUUACCCGCUCGUUUGAUCGCUAAAGAGCUCGCUGAUUCAGAAAUUUACAGGGAGGGGAGGGUCACACGUCCGUCGACUGCUGCUCUUCUCAUUCCGGUGAUUCACAAUCCGCUGCUCGUCUUAUUUCGGCGUAUCCGCUGCUCGUCUCAUUUCGGCGAGCCACAGUCCGCUGUUCUUCCCAUUCCGGCGAGUCGCAGCCGCUGCUCUUCCAGUUCCAGCGAGUCAAAGCCGCUGCUCUUCCGAUUCCGGCGAGUCAAAGCCGCUGUUCUUCCCAAGAAAAUUGGAUUAGUUGAUGAUGGCAUAAAGGCCGAGUCUUGGGAUGUGAAGAACUCAAAAGGGAGGAAGAAAAAAGAUAAAAUUGAUGUUGAUGCUGAUGAUGAAACUUUGGGCACUGGUUGUUGGUUAAAAUUGAGGUUUAUUGGCAGCUGUAUAUCUUCAAGAUCUAAAGUCGAUAACUCUAUUAGUGGCAUCAGUACUCAUGGCCACCUCACAUCGAAAAGCGACGUGUACAGCUUCGGUGUUGUCCUGCUCGAGAUGAUCACGGGCCGGAGGUCCAUGGACAAGAACCGGCCCAAUGGGGAACACAACCUCGUCGAGUGGGCCCGGCCCAACUUGGUUGACCGGAGGCGGUUCUACCGCCUGAUAGACCCCCGGCUCGAAGGCCACUUCUCGAUCAAGGGGGCCCAAAAGGCUGCACAGCUGGCGGCCCGCUGCCUCAACCGGGACUCAAAAGUCAGGCCUUUGAUGAGUGAAGUUGUCGAGGCCUUAAAGCCAUUGCCGGGCCUGAAGGACAUGGCCAGCUCAUCGUACUACUUUCAGACAAUGCAGGCGGAUCGGGCUGCAAUAAGCCCAAAUGGAAAGAGUGGGCUUCGGGCCCACGUGUCGUUGUCCAGGGAUGGGCAGCAGCUGAGGAACCUCUCGAUACCUCAGGCCUCGCCGUUUAAUCAGCUUGCGCAAAGUUCGCCUAAACCGAACGGUAAACAAUAG